AAUGUUUUGCCGAUCAAAGUUGCAUGAAAAAAAUGGCUAUUAAAAUCAUCGAUCUAGAAGAAGAAGUAGCAUAUACUGGUGGGAGUGUAUAUGAAAACGCUGGCGGGUCCCUCUGCCUCCUCCACCUACACUGCUGUUAUGUAAUUCUCCAGCGGCAGUUGCAGCGCACACUUGUCGAAUGAGGCUCCUCGGGCUCCUGAAUACUAUGAAACAGGUUCUUUUUCAGCUGCGCUCUCGCUCCGCAGCACCUUCACAAUCGUCGGUUUGACAUUGAAAAGGUCUGGGAACCAUCCCGGUGGCGAGCGCGGCGCUGGUGCGCGCCCCCGACAUGUUCUCGGCAGUGGUGGCUCGGGAGUGACUCGCGCGGUGUGGCAUCGUUUCACCUCCGGAUGAUUCCGCGGUGGAGUCCGGGCACAGUGACUCUGCAGUGCCAUGCAGGCGACAUGUUUCCCGGCCACGAAGCUCAGCGCGGUGCGCCAUAGUGGAGGACUGGAGCGGCGGCGUGCACACUGCCAGCGGGCUGUUGCAGAACGACAGUAUCAUGGAGGCUGGAUGUGUGGUUGCCGCGGUGAUUGAGAAUGCUGCCUCAGGACCCCAGGGAGAACCAGGAAGUAGUGACGUCCUUGAGGGAGAUGCACUGCCAGUGACUGACCAGAACAAAGAUGACCAAGUACCUCAAGCUGCCAACAAUGAUCCUCCUGAGGAGGACCAACAGCAAGGGCCGUCCACCUCCAUGGUCCGGACUGAUGACAUCGCCGAGCCACCAGCAGAGCCGCCCGCCGAGCCUCUGCUGCGCUCCUGCGUCAGCACAGCCAGCAUGAAGGUCAAGAACGUCAAGAAGCUGACCUUCCCUAAAGGCCACUUCCCCAGGCUGGCCGAGUGUGCCCACUUCCACUAUGAGACUGUCGACUUUGGCAACGUUCAGUUGGCCUUUGCAGACGGUCCGAGCGAUGGACUGAAACCUAGUUUGGACUCCAAAGAGCUGCUCUUUCUAGUUCAGGUCACCUGCCAGGGUCGUCACUGGCUUGUGAAAAGAUCGUAUGAAGACUUUCGGGUGCUGGACAAACACUUGCACUUGUGUAUUUACGACCGGCGGUAUUCCCAGCUGACCGAGCUGCCACGUCACGACACUCUGUCCGAGCCUGCUGAGUCUGUGACGAAGAUGUUGGCCACCUACCUGUCUCGCUUCUCAGCCAUCGCUGACAACAAGAUCAACUGUGGUCCAGUAUUAACGUGGAUGGAGAUUGAUAACAAGGGAAACCAUCUUCUCGUAUCCGAAGAAGCUUCAAUCAACGUUCCUGCCAUCGCUGCUGCACACGUUACCAAACGCUACACUGCACAAGCCACAGAUGAGCUCACUUUUGAGGUGGGAGACAUUGUGUCGGUCAUCGACAUGCCUCCAAAAGAAGACACUGGCUGGUGGAGAGGGAAACAUGGCUUCCAGGUCGGCUUCUUCCCGUGCGACUGCGUGGAGCUGAUCAAUGACAAGAUUCCUCCCAGCGUUCAGAGCUCGGUGCCAAAACCAGUGUGUAAGAAACACGGGAAACUAGUUACGUUCCUGAGGACGUUCAUGAAGUCGCGGCCGCCGCCCCAGAAGCUCCGGCAGCGCGGGAUCCUCCGAGAGCGAGUGUUUGGCUGCGACCUCGGCGAGCACCUGCACAACUCGGAACAUGACGUACCUCAAGUGGUCAAGAGCUGUGCCGAGUUCAUCGAGAAGCACGGAGUGGUGGAUGGAAUCUAUAGGCUGUCGGGGAUUUCCUCCAACAUCCAGAAGCUAAGGCACGAGUUUGAUUCGGAGCAGGUUCCAGACCUGAGCCGAGAUGUCUUCCGACAGGACAUCCACUCCGUGGGCUCGCUCUGCAAGCUCUACUUCAGGGAGCUCCCCAACCCUCUGCUCACCUACCAGCUGUACGACAGGUUCUCGGAGGCCGUGUCUGCUGCUACAGAUGAGGAGAGACUGGUCAAAAUCCACAACGUCAUCCAGCAGCUGCCUCCCCCACACUACAGGACGCUGGAGUACCUCAUGAGACACCUGUCCCACCUGGCCACCUUCAGCUCGGUCACCAACAUGCACACUAAGAACCUGGCCAUCGUGUGGGCGCCGAAUCUGCUCAGGUCCAGACAGAUCGAGUCGGCCUGUUUCAGCGGCACCGCCGCCUUCAUGGAAGUGCGCAUCCAGUCGGUGGUGGUGGAGUUCAUUCUCAAUAACACAGAGGCUCUUUUUAGCCCCAAGCUCAGCGCCAUCAUACGGGACGGCGCCGGGAACAACACUCUGUCCCGACCCAAAUCGCUCCUGGUCUGCUCUCCGUCCACCAAGCUGCUGUCUCUGGAGGAAGCUCAGGCCCGGACUCAGGCUCAGCUGAACUCCCCCGUCUCGCCUCCCUGCCUUUCCCACAGCGACUACAUCGAGGUGGGCGAGGGGCCUGCAGCUCUGGAGGGAAAGUUCCACACAGUUAUUGAGCUCCCGCUGGACAGCGGGAAGCGAGCUCCAGCUAAGGCCAAGAAAUCCCCAGUGGGCAACUGGUUCUCCUUUUUCCACCUGGGCAAGUCUCACUCGGUGACCAAGCGCAAGCUCAAGCGACAUCCCAGCGAGCCCAACCAGAUUAAAAGCAUCACACUGCCAGGUGGGCGAGGUGACAGUGGAACACUGCGCUCCACCAAAAGUGAGGAAUCUCUCACCUCGCUGCACAACGUGGAAGGAGAACCUCCGAGCUACCGGCACCUGCGACCUCGCUCCACCAGCGAGGCGGUUUCCCCGGCCAGCCGAGAAGACCUCCACCUCGCCACAGACCACAGGCCGCGACAUAACGGAGUCGACCGUGUUUACGUGACGGCAUCGGUCUCACCCGCCUCCCCCGAGGACGACCUGGACCUGAGCCCACCUGUUGUUGGCAUUUCCACCCUGGACUUCGACCCCAUGUCCUUCCAGUGCAGCCCGGGCUCACAAACCCCCGGGCUGCAACACAGGGACGGCAAGUUCAAGAAGAACGCGGGAUGGAGCGGCUGGAGCGAGUCCGAUCCAGCUUCCUCUUCCAACUACAUCAACUACUCGCCUGAUAUCAGCCCCGUUCACAGCAAAGGAGGGCGGCGAGUCACUUCCAAGCCACUCUCGCCGAAACUCAGGAAGAAGUCCCUCAAAACUCAAGAUUCGCAGACGGCGUCCUCGUCUCCUCUGCUGGAGAAGAGCGAAGAGUCCAGGUCACCUUUUAAACACUGCAGCCAGUCAUCAGGCAGCCAGUCGGCACAGAACCUCCCGGACCCAGGAACAGAUAGACUUAUGAGUUCAGUGUCUGUUCUCCCUCCUCACCCUCCUCUGAUGAGCGCCGCCCGCAAGCUGGCGCUGGCGUUGGCGGAGUCGGCUCAGAAGGCCGCCAGCAUCAACAGCAGCGCACCCCUGCAGAGGCCGGCCCGCCCUUCCUGUCUGGACCUCAGAGUCCACCCGCAGGAGUGUUACGGCUCCCACGUCUACGCCGAGGGUCGGUUCUCGCCCACUCGCUUCCUGUCGGCCCACGUGGCCGACGGGCAGGAGAGCAAUUUCACGCCAAACGUCAGCCCAUUGGGGUCGGGGAGCUUCGACGGAAGCGGCGGCGACAUGAUGGAGCACAACCGGGAGAAGAUGCUCUUUCCGCAAGCGGAACCUACCUAUCAGAGCGUCGGCGUUUCCACUCCCACUCAGCCCGCCACCUCCCCCAUAUACGCCAACACCAACUCCAUCAACGCCUUCAACUUCCGUGCCAUCCUCGCCGAGACCUCCAUGCCGGCCUCCAUCGAUGAGGUCCUUCCCCGUCCGUUACAGCUCUCCAGUCGGCGCUUCAGCCCCGAGGAGGAUCUGGCUCUGGUGGAGAGUAUCUACAGCAAUCACUUCCACCGGCGGCAUCAUUGGAUGCCCUUAGAACGCCGGCCUCCUCCCGACGCUCUUCCACAUCACAUGCCGAAAGGUCUACACCGGCAGUUCUCCGAGGGGUGCUCCUCGGGUCUAAGAUACCCGCUAUCGCCUCAGUACAGGCGGUACCAGCGAGAAGAGCCGCGGCAGGGAGCGUGGUGCGAGGAUAGAACAGCUGGGCAUCCUUCUAUCCGAAGGGCCCGCUCCUUCCACGCCCCUCAAAUAAGCCACUAUGAGCUGGAGGAGAGCGACCUUUUGUCGCCAGACACUUUGUUUUACGUGGAGCACCCGUCGAGCCAAGACGUGUCGUAUCAGAGGCUGGUUCAGACUGGACUUCAGCCUCUCAGGCAGCAGCUGGAGAACGUGCAGCAGUACAUGAAGGAGCCACGGUACUGCGUGGAACCUUUGCCGCAGAGAAGCGGCCGGCAGUCUUUCACCAAACGUUCCUCCAGAGAAAACAGGCAGCCAGAUUUUUACAAACAAUCGCCACAGCGAGGGAACCGGGAGAUGCAGAACCGUGGCGCCGGGUUCUAUGACUCCCCAGAUGCUUUUGAAAGGCCUGUUUAUCAGCAGAAGAAGCCAGAGAGUAAAGGAGUCCGUCCGGCCCCGUCCCCGUACGAGAGCCCUUGUUCGAGCGGCUCCAGAGGCAGGGAGAUCAUGCAUGUGAGGAGCAAGUCGGACCCGGGGAACGCUUGUCUGCUCUCCGCUGACCGGACCCACAACCAGAACGCGAGACCCGAGAUGACCCGGCAUCAAACCAGGCGAACUCAGGGGAAGGACUGCUCCACGCAGCAGCCGCCGCUGCGCAAGAUCCCCUCGCUCCCCGAGAGGUGCCGGAACGCCGAACUGGAUCGACUCAUGAUGGAAAGCUUCUCUGGAGCGAUGAGACCCGGCGCCAUGAGGAGGCCCGCCAGGUCACAAAGCACCAGAGAAAACCCUCACUACUACCGGUAUCACGCCAAAUCCUCCCUGGAUCCUGAGCCCACUCAGUCCAACAGACGGACUCAGAGCACAAAAGUCCGGCCCACACACUACGACCACAUGUCGGGGUAUUACAUGGCUAAACCCGCCAGAGCUAGCAACGCUUCGGGCGGAUUCUCACCCAACCAGGCCUGCGUGUCGCCGCGCGGUCACCGGCUUCUCUCCAGCGCUCUGGGUCAAGAUGCUUUCUAUCGUUCUGCACUGAAAUCCGAGGUCUACGACUGAUUCGGGUAUGGAACAGCUUACAUUUCGGGGCCAAAGGAGAACCGCACUUUAUUCUCUGCCAGACUGUUGCAUCAAAACCUUUAGCUCAAGUUUUGCUUCUGGAGAUUCGCCAUUCGUGACCUGCUUUCUUCAAUUUCAAUGUAAAAAGAGAAAAAAUAAAUAGUGACGCAGCAUGUUAGAGGUAAAUUCUAUAUUUUAUUUAAGGUCUUAAAAAAGGGAUGACAAGGUAAAUCUGAUUUUAAACUCAAAUAUAUCAGUUGAUUUUAAGUGUAUUUGUGUCAACGACACAUGUGGCCAAUGUACUGUACGUUUCCAAGACUUCAAGCACUUUUGAGAAACUGUGUGAAAACACGUCGUCUUCAUGUGGUGACCUCUUGAUAAAUGAUAUUUCUAUAUAUAUAUAUAUAUAUAUAUAUUUUUUGUGAAACCGCUUUGCUUGGACUCUUUGUUUCGUACUUAAUCAGCACUUUCUGUAGAGGGUGGCGCGUCAUCGCGAACAGCCUCAUUGUUUCCGGCUCCUCUCUCUCAAUGCAAUCCUCAAAAACGACAGGCUCCGAUUUCCCGCUUCGUUUCAAGCUUGUGUGGCGGCAUCUGCUCGAUCUUAUCGUAACCGUAACAAUGACCGUGUUUUGUAUCUAGAUUUUUUUUCGUUGCGAAAUUUCUCUUCUGUUGGAAAUAUUUAGUGUUUUACACCACUGAUGUUUUAAUCAUUUUCUAAUGUAAAGACGGAGCGGAGGCGUUUGUUUCGAGAUUUUAGACGACUGUCUUAAAAGAAUAAAGAUGUUAUUGAUAUUUUCUUUCAAGCACUACUUCACUUUUCAUUGCAGUCACUACAGACAGACCAGUUAUUUCAGUGCCGUGCCAUGGUAACUGCAUCAUUUAAAUGUUGAGGUAAAUAUCCAGGAUAUUUCCAUGUAUAUGUAUGUAUGCUCAUUAUUUAUUUGUAUAAAAUCUAUGAAUUUCACUAUUAUCAUCAGUCACGUGAUGAUGUAAUGAAGAAAAACAUGUCAAAAUAUGUUCCAAAAACAGUGAUAAGUAUGAAAUUAAAAUUGAAAAU